UCCGUUAGGACGCCGCACGCUUGGACGACCUGCCGCUGCCGCUAUAUAUACGCCACUAGCCGCGCGUGCUGUCUCAGAUCUCUUCUAUCUAGUUCAAGUCCUCCCCUUCCCUCUCGCCGCCGGCCCAUUCUCUUCUCCGACUCCGGUCCCCCCGCAGCCGCGACUACCAAGUACCAAGCAAGCAACGCCAACUAAGCAAGCAAAGCAACUAAGCAAUCAAAGCGCAUUUGCCUCCGUUAGGUGGUUCCUGGAGCUGAUCGAUCGUGGUACCACACGCGAUGUCUGCGACGACGCGGCAGCCGUGGAGGUCGCUGCUCUGCUGCGUGAGCGGCGGCGGCGCGGUUUCGGGCGACGACGACGUGCCGUCGCCGAGUCAGCAGCGGCGAAGGAGCACCAACCGCAGGAGGAGGGACCGGGGGGAGCGUCUCCUGCUGCUUCCGUCCUCGACGUCGGCGUCGCGGGUGUCGCUGUCGAGCCUCAGCUCAUCGGGGACGCUCACCCCGGAGGACCUGUCCCUGACGCUGUCCGGCUCCAACCUGCACGCCUUCACGUACGCCGAGCUCAGGGCCGUCACGGCGGGCUUCUCCCGCGCCAACUACCUGGGAUCCGGCGGGUUCGGCCCCGUCUACCGGGGCCGCGUCGACGCCGGCCUCCGCAAGGGGCUGGACGCGCAGCAGGUGGCCGUCAAGUACCUCGACCUCGACUGCGGCACGCAGGGACACCGCGAGUGGCUCGCCGAGGUCUUCUUCCUUGGCCAGCUCCGCCACGACAACCUCGUCAAGCUCGUCGGGUACUGCUACGAGGACGACCACCGGAUGCUCGUGUACGAGUACAUGAGCAACCAGAGCCUCGAGAAACAUCUCUUCAGAAGUCUCGACGGCUCCAUGCCAUGGAUGAGGAGGAUGAAGAUCGCCGUCGGCGCGGCCAAGGGCCUCGCCUUCCUCCACGACGCUGACACGCCGGUGAUCUACCGGGACUUCAAGGCCUCCAACAUCCUGCUUGACGAGGACUACAACACCAAGUUGUCGGACUUUGGGCUGGCCAAGGACGGGCCUCAGGGCGACGCGACCCAUGUCACGACACGUGUCAUGGGCACCAACGGAUAUGCGGCGCCGGAGUACAUCAUGACGGGCCACUUGACGGCCAAGAGUGACGUCUACAGCUUCGGGGUGGUGCUUCUAGAGCUCUUGACGGGUCGUCGGUCUGUCGACCGGGCUCGGCGGCCAAGGGAGCAAAGCCUGGUGGACUGGGCCAGGCCCUACCUCAAGAAGCUCGACAAGCUCUACCGGGUCAUGGACCCAGCCAUGGAGUGCCAGUACUCGUGCCGAGGCGCCGAACGCGCUGCGAUGGUGGCGUACAAGUGCCUGAGCCAGAACCCUAAGUCUAGACCCACCUUGAGGGAGGUGGUCCAGGCCCUGGAGCCCGUGCUAGACAUGGAUGACUACCUCCAGAUUGGCCCAUUUGUUUUCACCGUCGUAGUGGAAGACAACGGCGACAGGAGCAAGGAGAGCGGAGGCAAGGUUGUUGACAGAGAGAAGGUCGACAUGACGAUAGAGACGACGGUGGAGGAGAAAAAGCAGCACCAGAUGAGCCAUAAGGACCGGCGCUGGCAGAAGUUCCCAAACUCGACGGUCCACGCUGACAUGGUGCUUCACCGGGACCGGGACGACGGCGAACUUGGGCCGCACAUUAGGGCGCUGCGGCGGCACCGGAGGACGUCCAGCUACGUCAAGGAAAGAGGGGCGUAGUAGGCGCGUACAGUAGCUCUCGUGGUUAAUUAGCAUAUGGCAAGUGCUAGUGUUAGGAGAGAAGCAGUGAAAGGAGGGUUUAAUGGGUACAUAAUUAAGCUAGAUCGUAGAUGGGUGUGGCACAGCAAAACUCACAGAACCAUGCCGCACUGGUUUGGUAGCGAUGUUUUUUUGUUCUUAUUAGUCAUAAUCGGUGAAACUGUCCAUGGUGACAUAAUUAUAUAUAUACCUUGUCCAAUGA